AUGCCGCUUACUUUCCGCUCUAAGAGAACAGCCGACCCCGGCGAAAGCAUCGGCGUGGAUGCGGGCAGAAACCAAAUCCUCCCCGACAAUGGGAAUGGGAAUGGGAAUGAAAAGAUCAUCAUGGCCCCACCUGCAGAGGAGUUGACAGACGCGGAGGCUGCUCGGCGGCUCAAGCUCUUCCGCCAGCAGGCCUUGGUCGACCCGAACAUUCCGCUCGAAGACAUCGAUGCCAUCGACCAAGCCGUCGACAGCCAUGACGUCAAGAUGGAAAAUGACCUUGUCCUGGAAGUCGUCGAUGACUCACCCUACCCUGAAGUGCGUUCUGCGGUGCACAAUUAUGACGAGGAUCUGCCGGCUAAUACGAUCCGUGCCUGGACCAUCGGCAUGAUUAUGACAACCAUUUUCUCAGGUCUUAACUGUCUCUUCUCUCUCCGGUCGCCCUCUAUAACCAUCACGUCCAUUGUGGCUCAGUUGAUCGCCUACCCUAUCGGCAUGUUCUGGACAUACAUCUUCCCAGACCGUGUGUUCAAGAUAGGCCGUGUAGAGUUCAACUUGAGCCCGGGGCCAUUCAACUAUAAAGAGCACGGCCUUAUCGUCCUUAUGUCCAACGCAGCCUAUGGUGGCGGGGCCGGGUACUUUACCGACAUCUUGACGGCGCAAGUAGGCUUCUACAAGUUUGACUUUGGCUGGGGCUACGCUAUCUGCUUGGCCCUGUCGACGCAGUGCAUCGGCUUCGGCCUUGCAGGCAUCGCGCGCAAGUUCCUCGUCGAGCCGGCGUCUAUGAUCUGGCCGGCCAACCUGGUCAACACCGUCUUCAUGUACACGCUGCAUGACCACUCCAAGACGGACCCGGCCAAGGCCAACGGCUGGAAAAUCAGCCGCUACCACUACUUUUUUUACGUCUUCCUCGGCUCCUUUUGCUGGUACUGGAUCCCGGGCUUUCUCUUCCAAGCCCUCAGCGCCUUCGUUUUCCCAACCUUUAUCGCGCCCCACAACGUGACCGUGAAUCAGGUCUUUGGCGGUUGGACGGGCAUGGGCCUGCUGCCUAUUACGUUUGACUGGACCCAAAUUAGCGGCUACAACUUCUCGCCGCUGAUUGCGCCCUGGCACGCGCUUAUGAACACGCUGAUCGGUGUUGUUUUCUUUUUCUGGAUCGUCGCCGCCGGCAUCCAUUGGACUGGUACCUGGUACGCCGACUGGCUGCCAUUCAGCGACUCCGGCAGCUGGGACAACACACAGCAUUCAUACAACGUGAGCCGUAUCAUAACGGCGGACCAUCGCCUCGACCUUACAGCCUACAAGGAAUACUCGCCCCUUUUCCUCUCUACCACAUUUGCCUUGUGCUACGGCCUGUCCUUUGCUGGCAUCGCUUCCGUCGUUGUGCACACCGCCCUCUUCCACUCCCGUGAAAUCUGGCAGCGUUGGCGCGACCGCAGCGGCACGCUUGACGAUGUGCAUGCUAAGAUGAUGCGCAAGUAUAACCCUGUGCCGGACUGGUGGUUUCUUUGCAUCUUUUUGCCGUGCUUCGCGCUAUGCUUUGUCUCUGCGUACGUCUGGGAUACCGGCCUAACUUGGUGGGCUAUUAUCAUUGCCAUUAUCAUAUCAUCUGUGUGGAUGAUUCCCGUCGGCAUGGUCCAGGCCGUUACCAACGUCCAGAUUGGCCUCAACGUCUUCACCGAGUUCAUCGUUGGUUACAUGCUCCCCGGCAGGCCUAAUGCCAUGAUGAUGUUCAAGACCUACGGCUACAUUACCAUGACUCAGGGUCUUAUGUUCGUGCAGGACAUGAAGCUCGGUCAUUACCUUAAGCUACCGCCUCGCACCAUGUUCUUUGGCCAGCUUAUUGCCACUGUCUGGGCUUGCCUUGUACAGAUCGCCGUUUUUUACUGGGCCAUGGGAGCCUUAGAUGGCAUCUGCACCAGCGAAGCCGUUAGCCGCUUUACCUGCCCCGGUGGCAAGGUUUUCUUCACAGCUUCUAUUAUCUGGGGACUUAUUGGUCCACAGCGUAUCUUCAGCGGCACUGGCAUCUACAAAAACCUGCAAUACUUCUGGAUCGCCGGUGUUGUGCUGCCCAUCAUCUUCUGGGCUUUCCAGCGCCGUUACCCUAAAUCCUUUGUCCGCUAUCUAAGCGCCCCUAUCAUCUUCUCCGGCAACGGCCAGAUCCCUCCUGCGACGCCGCUGAACUAUUUGGCCUGGGGCUCGAUCGGACUGUUCUUCAACUACGGCAUCCGCAACAAGUUCCGCGGCUGGUGGAUGCGUUUCAACUACAUCACGUCUGCGGGUCUCGACACAGGCCUUGUUAUUUGCACCAUACUUAUUGUGCUGACUAUUAGCUUGACUAGCACGUCGGCACCUAAGUGGUGGGGCAACGUUGGCGCCCUUAACACGAUGGAUUAUAACGACGAAGCCUGGUAUAAUAACGUGGCUGAUGGCGAGAAAUUUGGUCCUAAAAAUUGGUAA